AAUUCAAUCCUGCCAUACAAGAGGCGAAACUCUGAUGCGUUUUUGGCAACAGCCACUAGGUGGUGCUUCGGUAGCGCGGCCGCCAUUUUGGAAUGAAAAUUCUCACAGCCAAUUCAUUCUCAGCGAAUCUCACAGCCAAAUCAGAAGCGCAAUACAGGAACAAAUAUGGAUCCCGAAGUGGCCCGAGGAUUGUUUGAAGAAGGCGCCACUAUUAUUCUACUUGGUGUUCCUGAAGGAACAGAGUUAGGACUUGACUACAAAACCUGGACCCUGGGUCCUCGAUUCCGUGGGGUGAAAAUGAUACCUCCAGGACUUCACUUCCUCCAUUACUGCUCCACCAACAGCACUUGUGGAGAGAUUGGCCCUAAAACUGGACUGUUCCUCUCAUUGAAACCUCGUGAGGUAAUCAUAGCACACUGGAACAAAACAGAUGAUGAUCUGGCGUUCUCUCAUAAUGCUGAGGAAGUUGAGCGUGCAAAGGUCAAUCUACAAGAACUGGACCCAUAUCUGGGGCCAUACCCAUAUGACACACUCCGGAAAUGGGUUUCCUUGACUGACAGACUCAGUCAGGAGGUAGCCAGCACUUUGCAACCCCUAAGUGGUAGGGUGUGCGCCUUUAGUGAUGUUGUUCCAGAACUGCAGCUGACACAUACUGAAGACAGGGCAAAGGAGAAUCUACCUCAUAAUGAUACGGAAUGUCAGAGUAUGAAGGAGGGAUUGGACCGACUGCCUAAGAUGAAACAAAGAGAAGGCACAGAGUUACGCUUUUCCCACAUUCCCAAGCAGGUUUACCCUCCUGGGGCCACACCUGCUCAGAUUACCAAAUAUAGUAUGGAUCUAAGCUACGCUCUCAACUGUGUCCUUGACAGUCAUUAUAGAGAACAACCACUGGAUAUACUAGGAGAGCUGCAGUUUGCGUUUGUUUGCUUUCUCAUUGGAAAUGUAUAUGAGGCCUUUGAGCACUGGAAAAUACUGUUAUCUAUGCUCUGUCGCUCUGAAGAGGCCAUGAAAGAAAAAAAGGAUUUGUAUCUGGGCCUCAUCGCUGUGCUUUACCACCAGCUGGGAGAAAUUCCUCCAGACUUCUUUGUGGAUAUUGUAUCCCAGAGCAACUUUCUUACAUCCACACUUCAGGACUUCUUCCAGUUUGCCAUCAGCCCUGGGGUUGACUGCACUUUACGCAAAAGAGCUGAAAAAUUUAAAGUCUACCUGACUAAAAAGUUUUGUUGGGACUUUGAUGCAGAUCUUGAUGAGUGUGCACCAGUGGUGGUGGAUCUUCCAGAAGGAGUCACUGUUGACUGAUAAUGCUUAAAGAUCUGUUUUGUUGCUGCGUUUGCAUAUACAUCUUGCAUCGUUGUCACGUAAACAUAGCAAACAUCAGAAACAGUAUAAACUCUAAAAAUGUUUUGGCCAAUUCACUUUAAUUAUUUUUUAAUAAAAAAAACGCAAAAACAUUUCAUUGGAAUCAAGCGAUUAAAAUGUUGGACAGAAUAAUUUGUCCCCCUAAAAAUUAUUUAGUAAAAUAUUUUUUUAUGUAUAUUACCACUUAAUGGUUAAAAAAUGUUUUAGCAUACCAUGGUUACUGGUUGGAAAAUGAAAAUGUCCAGCCAUGACUUCCUGUUUAUAUAUUUACUGUGUGUGUGCGUGCGCGUGUGUGUGUGUACACAAUGUGUAGGGGAGACCGGGGUUGGUUGUCACAAUUUUUACUCAUCCAUGAAUUGCUCAUCUUCAAAAAAUCUUUCAGCAGUAAUUAUUAUAUGAAAUGAAAACUUGGGGUCUUGGCUUUAAAUGUGUAUACUUUUUACUUUUAGAAUGUAUUGUAACAGGAAGUAAUUAACCAUCAAAGACACUCUGACACAAUGUGUCCCUAUAGUGGUUCAAUAGGAUUUCGGUGAAAAAUUGGGAUCUGAAUAGAUAAUGUGUAACUUUUUAGUUUUUUAAGCUAGAAACUGCAAAUAAGUUUUAAUAUGAAUACCACAUCUAUGAUAGUUGUCAUCAAUGCCCAUUAUGUUUAAACAAUGGGAUUAAAGUGGGUGAUCAGUUACUUGAAUUGUCUGCUUUGUUGAGAAAUAAAGUGAAAAUAAUUUGUAGUGUUAAAACCUCUUUAUUUAAUGCUUUAUUUAUUUUAUUAACAGCAAAAUUCAUUUAACAGCAAACAAAACCAAACAAACAGACCAUAAGUCUUAAAAGGUCUACAUGUCCAAUACUUACACGUGACAACCAACCCCAACUGACUUCUUGACAAACAUGCUAAGCUAGCUGCCACACGGCUUUAACUUGAUAGCUAAAAAAUGACUCAAAAUAAAGCUACUACUUUUGGCUUUUUAAUAAGUGUUUUGUUUUUGAAUGAUUAAUAUCCUACAAGAUCUCAACACAAAAACAACAAAAACAUGAAAAUUUACCCAUAAAAAUUAAAAAAUGUCUCCUAACCUCAAUGUUUUAUGUCUGCUCAGCAAAAUUACAAGUGCAAAUGAGUAAGCUAUUAAAGGCUAACAAAUUGAUAUCAAAAUUGUACCACAGCGCCAUGUAGUAUGUCUGGAAUAAGCAGUGUGACAACCAACCCGUGAGACAACCAGCCCCAGUCUCCCCUACAAUGUGUAAAUAUAAGGUUAUACAAAGACCAAUUGUUAAACAUGCAUCACAAUAGGUAAAACCUAAGAAUAUAGUUAUUAUGUGCAGUAAAAGGUUGUUGAGCAUCACACAAUUGAGGGUGGCUGUUAGAAAAUAGCUGAAACAUGAAAAAAAUCCCAUUAAUAUUUAAAGAUUUACUUCAUCAGGGCAAUCUGCUUAAAAGAGGAUGUGUAUUGUCCUCAGUGGCAGCUUGUGACUACUCUUCGGAAGGGUGCAAAGGAACUAAAUAGUAAAGCCUCGAUGUACAAUAAGGGACAUGUGACAUUUAAGAGUGAUGGGUAUUUCAAAAAUUUAUAAAUUAUUCCCAUGCAUCGAUUUUAAUGUUAAACAUUUGUAAAUCCAAAUGAAUCCAUAUGGAAUAUAUUCAGACAGUUUAAGAUACGAUCUUUGAAUUUUCAAGUCGAAAAUAUCUUAUUUUGACACCGCCGCACAGGAGGCAUGGCAAACUGAAAUAAAACUUUAAAGACACAAAUAUUAUGUUUAUGUCUAAAACUAUAUUUAAAUAAAACCCUUGAAAUGAAAGGUCCACUAAUAAUCGCCUUAACUAGAGUGAUGUCAAUAAUGUUUCCAUGUAAGAACUUGUUAUAAAUAUUAAAAACUUAAGCAAACGACCACAAAU